GUUUCAGGUUUGUUUCGGUUUUAAACAGCACAGUGAAGCCAUGGACAGGCUCAUGUGUACAGUGUUGAUUCUGAGCUUUCAGAACUUGUGGAAAGGCCUCGACGCUGUGGACCAAGGUGUCCUGAACUUCGUGGUGCUUGCAGACUGGGGUGGGCUGCCUUUGCCUCCUUACUACACUGCUCAAGAGAAAGCUGUUGCUGCAGAGAUGGAGAGACUGGCCCAAUCCGAGGGCGUGGACUUUGUUCUCAGCCUUGGAGAUCACUUCUAUUUUAGCGGCGUCAAGGAUGUGGAAGACCCACGCUUCAAGAACACGUUUGAAGGUGUCUUCUCGCAGCCAUCUCUACUGGAUAUACAGUGGUACCUAACUGCUGGAAACCACGACCAUAUUGGCAACAUCUCAGCACAGAUGGCUUACUCUAACAUAUCCCACCGAUGGAACUACCCAGCUCUUUAUUACGAUCUCCAGUUUACUGUUCCACACACAAACGUGUCCGUGAGCAUCCUGAUGAUUGAUACGGUGGUGCUCUGUGGAAACACAAAUGACCGGGUCCAGCCUGUGGGACCAGAGGACUCCACGGCAGCAGCAAACCAGUGGAACUGGAUCAGUGCUAAACUGGCCAGCAGCAGGUGA